AUGGGCCACUUGAGAGGCACCAAUGCGAAUAUGAGGAAGAGAUGUCCAAAUCAGGGGAUCUCUUCAAGCAUGUUGCUUGCCAAAAGCUCAUUCAAGUAUGGCGAUAUGAGGAAUCAGUGGAAGCUUGAAUAUUAUUGUCUUACCACCGAGCAACCCUUUAGCUUCGUUGAAGAUCCCUACUUCGACCACUACAUGCAGACAUCUCUACAAGCUCAGUUCAAGUCGUUCUGUAAGGAACAAAUCUCUAGAAACUGCAAGUCCUGUACAAAGAGAAAAGGGCAGCAUUGGUGCAUCUAUUGUCGACAGAGAGAGAGAAAUGGUGAAGAAGACGAAUCGCGGCAGCUAUGUCGGUCGCGCUGUUUAGUGGCCGCGGGGUCGAGGUCGAGCCCCCCGGGUUCUCGAUCGGCGCCGCCCGGCCCUCGACCUUCGAUCCGCCGGAGCUCGACUCCUCCGGCGGCGAGGGGGGCGCGCGGCGCCGGCGCGAAGCGGCUCGUCGUCGGCGGGGUUGUCCUCGAUCGGGAAGGACAGCGACGACACCGGGAACCGGUCGUCGAAGGGAGGGGGGAGGAGGAGGAGGAGGAGGACAAGGAGGAGAACGAGGUGCAGAGCUCUUACAAGGGGCCGCUGGAGAUGAUGGACGCGCUGGAGGAGGUCUUCCCUAUGAGGUUCUUUAAAUUUGUUGGGUGUUGUGUGGAGGAUGGAAAGUGGAUGGGCAAGAAGAAGUUGAGCUUAACCAUUCAACCACUGUGCUUUGCAGGGACCUUGGACAGUUUGAUUGUGGAUGUAGCUGACGAUCAUCACGUCGCUUCUUCUACCGCUCCAUCUCGGUUAGAUUCCAUCAUUCUUGCUUUAAUGUACACCUUCUUAAGAUUGCUCUUUGCCAAGAUUCUCCCUCCACUGAAGCUCCCCAAGCUCGAUCAAAUGGCAUACCCGGAUUUCUUAGGCCAACAUUUCGCUUCCCCAUGUCUGUUCUCCGUUACUCCUUCGCCUGCAAUGCCGCCUUCCUCCACCGCUGCCAGGGCUCCCACCACCUCCACCACCGCCGUGGCGGGAGGCUCUCCUCCUGAAGGAAGGGUCCGAAGAAGGGAAUACACGAGGAAUCUGCGGCGAGGGGUGCAGGGUGAUGCAGCGAACAUAAGUGGUUUGCACAAAUCGCAUGGAGAUCAACGCUCCACUUUGAGAGGAACCAUGAGAAGCCUAGAGAGUACAGAGGAUCACCAAGGCAGGAGUGAGGAAAAAGGUGAAAAAUCAUCACCAGCCGUUUCUUCUCAGAAGCUCUCAUGCUUUGACUUGAACAAAGAAGCGAUCUUUGAUGAGCAUGAUAGCCCUGCUGAGGACGAUGACCUCAUUUCCGAUGAAGAUGACAACAGUAGUGAUAGAGAAGCUGAAGAUAAGCCUGGAAAUGGGAAUACUGAGCGCGCUGAGACUACGAAAGCAGUGAGACAAUAUGUGGGAUCGAAGAUGCCUCGGCUACGAUGGACACCCGAGUUACAUUACUGCUUUGUCCAAGCUGUGGAAAGGCUUGGAGGACAAGAAAGAGCCACUCCGAAGUUGGUUCUUCAGCAAAUGAAUGUGAAGGGACUCAGCAUUAACCAUGUCAAGAGUCAUUUGCAGAUGUAUCGAAGCAAGAAGCUUGAUGUGGCCGGGCAAGUAUUGCGUGGUUAUGGAUCAAUGCGACUAAGAGACAACAAUAUCAUUAGAAAGAUUCAUCAAAUGACUGGUCCUCGCCAUCACUUCAGGGUGGAGAAUGGAAGAAUUGUUCCAGCAAGAAACUAUUGUGGAUUCCGCAACUAUUCGGAUUCAGUCCUCUCAAGGUGGUUACCAUUGGCUUUCGACGAGCAUGCCUUAAAAGCGCAAGCUCUAUUUCAACGCUGGAAAAAGUUGAUGGCCAUCAACCAAGUCUAUGCAAUUAAUAAGGAUACGAAAUUCAGCUCGGUGAGACCUGCUCGGUUUCUCGAGGAAAAGAGGUGGCCUACGGAAAGACCAAUUACAACUCAAUGGAGAAAUGAUAAGACUUCAAGCAGCAUUUGGGCUGACAACAAUUUGCAACCGCACAAUCACCCUCAUUUUAAUGUACAAUGCAUCGAGCGAAAGUCGCAUGGAGUUAAUUCUGGGGUUUGCAAAUCCGACAUGUUUGAUCCGAUUCUCAAGUCCAACAAACUCAAGCUGAAGUUAGAGCCUUCAUUUCAGAUUGAGCUGAACCAGGAGAGUGUGUCAAGGAGCAAGGAAUGGUUGAUUGAUUUGCAGCUGAAGCUAAGCCAAGGAAUUGGGGAUCUUGAUGAGCAGACUAAAUAUAGAAGCCACCAAGAGAUCUGCACAAAGCUGGGUCUUUCUUGAUUCCUUCUGUUCAAAGAGCUCUCAAGCUUAGACGUGAUAUGGAGAAUUGCCAGGAGAAAAUGAUUCUAUCAAGCACAACUUAUAACCUUAGUGAAAGAUAUGAAUGAAUACUGAAAUUGGAUCUCAUCUACUUAAGGUGAAUCUUAAAGGGUGAGAGCUUUUUAAGUGCUUAAUUUGUUUAGUCUCAGAAGUUAUAUGAUAUUGCACCACUACGGAUUGUCUAGUUGUUUACAGAUUUUUGUUUGUCGUUAUAUAGAGGAUAGAGAUGCCGCAUAUUCGACCAAUCAGUUUUAGAUUAUUU